AUGUAUGCGAGGGAGGGGUGUCGCUAUCAUUCUCGUGAGGGUGUCACGUGGGGGUGGGUGAGGGACCCAGAGAGAGGGAGGAGGGGAGAGAGAGGGAAAAAAAGAAGAAAAAGGGGUGAGUGGGGGCAUGUGCUUUCCUUUCUCAACUCACCUGUCGUUUAUGGGUCAUUCAAAUCUGAAAGCGAUCCAAGAAGAGAGACACUUCUUUCACAUGACGUGCCUCACUCACGUGCCUCUCUUUCUUUGUCGUUUACCUACGCCAACAUGCAUGGACCCACUUCUGCUAGGACAAGUAGGUUGCAAAAGGCAGCUGCUUUGGUGGAGGCAACGUUUGUUUCAAUUGUAAAACAACACCCUCCUGAUGUUUUUAGUGCUUUCAUGAUUCGUUACGCUUUGCAUGAUGAGUAUUGUGCAUACUUGAAUGGAUACUUGAAGAAUCAGUAA